CCAAGAUUAAAUUAUUUAGAUGCUUAAUCCAGAUUUAAAUUCAUUAGAAUUAACAACUACAGAAUAUGAAAGAUAUAAUAAGCACUUAAUUUUACCUCAAAUACAAAUAGAAGGACAAAAAAGAUUAAAAAUGGCUAAAGUCCUAUGUAUAGGUGCUGGAGGUUUGGCUUCAAGUAUUUUAACUUAUUUAGUUUCUUCUGGAAUAGGUCUCAUAGGUAUCAUUGAUUAUGAUGUAAUUGAAUUAUCAAAUCUACCACGCCAAACAGUUUAUACUCCAAAGGAUAUUGGGUUUCCUAAAGUUAAUUGUGCAAAACAAAACUUAUCGAUUAUUAAUUCAGAUUGUAAAAUACAUAUUUAUAAUGAUAAAUUAAACAUAGAUUGUACUGAUAAUUUUGCGAUUCGUUUAUUAAUUAAUGAUAUAUGUUAUCUCUUAGGUAAAACUCUAGUUUUUGGUGCUGUAAUAGGCUUUCAAGCACAAGUUGCUAUCUUUAAUUAUCAAAGUUCAAGCAACUAUAGAGAUUUAUAUUCUAUAGAGAGACUAAACUUCACAUCUCAAUUAGGCUCAUGUAAUUCAGGGGGAGAGUUCUUUAAUUGAACAUAUUAUAAAUAUAAAUUUAUUAGAUAAUAAAUUUCAACAAAGUCGAUUAAGAACAGGAAAUUAUAUAAAAUAUAAUUUAAAAUC